AUGUCUCUGUCGCGCUGUAGCAGGCACGCCAUGCGCUGCCUUCCCCUAGCCAGCGCCAGACCUCUCGCCCUAACCCGUCCCGCAUCUUUGUCCGCCCGAUGGACCCCUCAGUCGCGCGGAGUGUCGUCCAGUCGCGAUGGACAGCAAAAGCUGCUCUCCGCAUCCCUCGAAGAGUCCGACCCCACCGUGUAUAAUAUCCUGCAGAAGGAAAAAAACCGCCAGAAGCACUUCAUCAACUUGAUCCCGUCAGAGAACUUCACCUCGCAGGCCGUCCUCGAUGCUCUCGGCAGUGUCAUGCAGAAUAAAUACUCCGAGGGCUAUCCCGGUGCUCGGUACUAUGGCGGAAACGAACACAUCGACGAGUCCGAGCGAUUGUGCCAGCAGCGUGCGCUGGAGACUUUCCGUCUCAACCCGGAGGAGUGGGGAGUGAACGUCCAGCCCCUGUCUGGCUCGCCCGCCAACCUCAUGGCCUACUCCGCCCUGCUCAACACGCACGACCGUCUCAUGGGUCUGGACCUGCCUCACGGCGGCCACCUGUCGCACGGCUACCAAACCCCGACCAAGAAGAUCUCCGCCAUCUCCAAGUACUUCGAAACCCUGCCCUACCGGUUGGAUGAGUCGACGGGGCUGAUUGACUACGAUGCCCUGGAGAAGAUGGCCAACCUAUACCGGCCCAAGCUGAUUGUCGCCGGUACCUCGGCCUACAGCCGGCUGAUCGACUACCCGCGCAUGCGCGCUAUCGCCGACUCCGUCAACGCCUACCUGCUGGCGGACAUGGCGCACAUCUCGGGCCUCGUCGCCGCGGAUGUUCUUCCCUCGCCAUUCCCGUACUCGGAUGUGGUGACGACCACAACGCACAAGUCCCUGCGCGGACCCCGCGGUGCCAUGAUCUUCUAUCGCAAGGGCGUUCGCCGCACCGACAAGAAGGGCAACCAGGAGAUGUACGAUCUGGAGAACCCGAUCAACAACUCCGUGUUCCCCGGACACCAGGGUGGUCCGCACAACCACACCAUCACCGCGCUCUCCGUGGCGCUCAAGCAGGCCCAGAGCACCGAGUUCCAAACCUACCAGAAGACCGUGCUUGCCAACGCUACCGCUCUCUCCGACCGCCUAGGCAACUCCUCCAGCAACGGCGGACUAGGCUACAACAUCGUCUCCGGCGGCACAGACAACCACCUCGUCCUAGUGGACCUCAAGAACCGCGGCGUCGACGGCGCGCGCGUUGAGCGCGUCCUCGAGCUGUGCGGCGUCGCCUCCAACAAGAACACCGUGCCAGGCGACAAGUCCGCGCUCAAGCCCGGCGGCCUACGCCUGGGCACCCCCGCCAUGACCUCGCGCGGCUUCCAGCCCGAGGACUUCCGCCGCGUGGCGGAUAUCGUGGAUCGGGCGGUCACGAUCACUCAGAAGCUGGAUAAGGCGGCCCGCGAACAGGCGCAGUCCCGUGGUGUCAAGAACCCUGGUACCCUGAAGGCGUUUGCUGAGUACCUCGGUGAGGGCGAGGAGAUCUCGGAGAUUGUGUUGCUGAGACAGGAGGUCGAGGAUUGGGUUGGUACCUUCGCUCUGCCGUGGGCUAAGGACUAG